AUGCCUGGACGCGCGCUCUCCGGGUUUGCCAAGCUGACCGAGGGAGAUGUCAUUGCAAGCAAUGUCGCCCUCAGCUUCUGGGGAGGGGUGAAUCCUCAAACCGGCAUUGUGAUUGACAGUCACCACCCCUUGGCAGGGAACUCCAUAAAAGGCAAAGUGCUAGCAAUACCGGGUGGCCGUGGGUCUUGUUCCGGGAGUUGUGUGAUCCUCGAAUUAUUUCUAAGUGGGAGCCACCCCUGUGCGCUCAUCUUCAAGCGAGAGGAGUUGAUUUUGACCAUUGGAGUUAUCGUUGCCCAAGAAAUGUUCCAACAGAGCAUUCCCGUUCUUCAAGUUUCGAGAUCAUCGUUCGCGACCCUUCGGGAUCUAACAAGAGUUCGUGUCGUCGGGGACCAGAUUCAAUGGACAGAUAAUAUGGGCUUGUAUCCAACUCUUUCGUUGGAUCUCCCAUGUGUGCCCAAUGAGCCGGACUUUUCCUCAGUCAGGCUUAGCGUGCUUGACCGCGAAAUGUUAAAUGGAAUGCAUGGCCGAGCUCCUCAAUUUGCGAUGCGCGUGAUUCUGCGCACGGCCUUGAUUCAAGACGUCAGCGAGCUAAUCGAUGUGAAACAAGCACACAUUGAUUGCUGCAUUUACACUGGGCCAGCGGUAUUGAAGUUUGCACAGACCUUACGUGAAUGGGGUGCCAAAGUCCGGAUCCCUACUACUUUGAAUUCGAUCUCCAUCGACCGACGAUUGUGGCGUGCACAAGGUGUUGACCCAGCAAUUGCUGCACCUUCUGAACAGUUAGCCCAAGCAUACUUGGAGAUGGGUGCAAAGCCGAGUUUUACCUGUGCACCAUACCAAUUACAAAGUGCCCCAAACUUUGGGGACAAUAUUAUGUGGGCUGAGUCAAAUGCUGUGGUAUUUGCCAAUAGUGUCCUAGGUGCUAGAACCAUCAAAUGUCCCGAUUUCCUCGAUGUUUGUGUCGCAUUGACUGGAAGAUCAUUGAACACUGGCGUUCAUCUCACAGAGCACCGCAAGGCCCGUGUACAGAUUCAUUGCGACUCGAUAGAAGGCUGCGAUGAUGCUGUUUUCCCUCUCCUGGGAUACAUCUCUGGUGAUAUUUCUGCGGAUCGUAUCCCGAUAAUUUCAGGCCUGGAGAAGUGCGUGGUCACAACGUCAGAUCUGAAAGCCUUUGGAGCGGCAUUCGCAACUACCUCCAGUGCUCCAAUGUUUCAUAUUGCAGGCAUCACAAUUGAAGCGCGCAGUGAAGCCGAUAUAAAGACGCAGCUCCAAGACACUACAAAAUUCCACAUCACUCGGUCAGAUAUAGCUAGGCAAUGGCAAUUAUUCAAUCCCAGUGGGAAAGGAGAGCCAGAGCACACAUCAGUUGAUCUCGUAUCACUUGGAAACCCCCAUUUUUCAUACGAGGAGAUCCAGCAGCUCGUGGAGCUCACCAGAUACCGGAUCAAGAGUGAAUCUACCAUGUUGGUGGUGACAUGUAAUAGUGAAAUCUACACUCAAGCCUACAAAGAUGGAUUGAUCACAGCCUUGGAGAAAUUUGGAACCCAGGUCAUCACUGAUACUUGUUGGUGCAUGAUUCAAGAACCAAUUAUCCCACCAAAGUCACAGAUUAUCAUGACCAACUCGGCUAAAUACGCGCACUACGGGGAAGGGUUGACUGGGCGGCAAAUGCGAUUUGGGGGGCUGGGGCAAUGCGUGGAGGCUGCUUGCUUGGGAACGGUGCGGAACAGUCUCCCCCCAUGGCUUGAAGAGAUGAAGUGA